CGCGGCCACGAGCCUACGCAAACACCUCGUCGCGUGAGCGCGCAUCCCGGCGGCUGAGGGGGCGCGCAUCCUGACGGCUGAGGUAGCGCGCAUCCUCCUGAGAGGGCAGGAGAGCGAGAGAGCCAACGGCCGCUGCUGCCGAGCCGCCGCUGCAGCUGAGGGAAAGGAGGAUAACAACAUGAGCUCCCGGAAAGUGAUGGCCAUCCAGGCCCGCAAGAGGAGGCCGAAAGGAAAAAAAGACAAGGCAGCCCAUCACAAAAGGCCUGAGACGCAGCAGAAGGUCCCCUCGGCGCCCCCCCCCUCCCGCCCCCCGCCCCCCCCUCCCGAGGCUGUGGCCCCCCCGGAGCCGGAGGAGGAGAUCCUGGGCUCAGACGAUGAGGAGCAGGAGGAUCCUGCAGACUACUGCAAAGGAGGGUACCACCCGGUGAAGAUCGGGGACCUGUUCAACGGGAGAUACCAUGUGAUCCGAAAGUUGGGGUGGGGCCACUUCUCCACCGUGUGGCUGUGCUGGGACAUCCAGGGGAAGCGCUUUGUGGCCAUGAAGGUGGUGAAGAGUGCUCAACAUUACACUGAAACUGCACUGGAUGAGAUUAAGCUGCUGCGCUGUGUACGGGAGAGCGACCCCGGUGACCCCAACAAGGACAUGGUCGUUCAGCUGAUCGACGACUUCAAGAUCUCAGGAGUCAACGGGAUCCAUGUGUGCAUGGUGUUUGAGGUCUUGGGUCAUCACCUUCUCAAGUGGAUCAUCAAGUCCAACUACCAGGGUCUGCCUCUACCCUGCGUGAAGAGCAUCAUCCACCAGGUGCUGCAGGGGCUGGACUACCUCCACAGCAAGUGCAAGAUCAUCCACACGGACAUCAAGCCGGAGAACAUCCUCAUGUGCGUGGACGACGCCUUCGUGCGCAGGAUGGCUGUGGAGGCCACGGAGUGGCAGAAGGCUGGGGCGCCCCCUCCCUCCGGCUCCGCAGUCAGCACCGCCCCCCAGCUUAAACCGGUGGGGAAGAUCUCCAAGAACAAGAAGAAGAAGCUGAAGAAGAAGCAGAAGCGGCAGGCGGAGCUGCUGGAGCGCCGGAUGCUGGAGAUCGAGGCUCUGGAGCGCGAGGCGGAGAAGCAGAGGGCCAGCGAGGGCCAGCCGCCGCUCCCCGCCCCGCCGGGCCCCAGGGUCGCCCUGGGAGACAGCGACGAAGACGAGGACGAGGAGGAGGAGGAAGAGGAGGAGGAGGACGAGGACGAGGAGGAGGGAGAAGGAGGAAAAGGAGAGAGAGAGAGGCCCACGAGGCUCACCAAUCACACGUGUGCUGUCCCAGAGCAGCAGCUGCAGUGUGAGGACUCUGAGCCAGAGAGCUCACACUCUCAGGAGAGCCCACACUCUGAGAGGCAGGCCUCAGCCGCGUCUGGAGAGGAGGGAGAGAAGAAGAAGAAGAAGGAGGAGGAGGAGGAGGAGGAGGAGGGCGAGGAUGAAGAGGAGGAGGAGGAGGAGGAGGAAGGGAAAAGAGCAGCAAAGACAGAAGAGCCAGCGGCCCCUGACAAAGAGGUGGAAAAAGAGAACGCGAAGAAGGGUGAAGUGAAAGGAGAAGAGUCGGAGAAGGUGAAGAGUAAUGACGGAGAAGAAGAAGAAGAUGAAGAAGAGGAGGAGGAGGAGGAAGAGGAGGAUGACGAGGACGACGACGACGAUGAUGACGAUGAUGAAGAGGAGGAGGAGGAGGAGGAGGAGGGCGGCGGCGGCGGGGGAGAGCAGGUGAGCUGUCCCGUUCCCGCUCUGAAGGGCGCCUCUAAAACCAACGGGCACGUGGUCCCGGGGCUGGAGCAGCGGGGCGUGAGCGCCAGCGCAGUCUGCCCCCUGGUGGAGUCCGAGAUCAGCACCACCGACCGGGACGGGUCCAUCAGCUCCUCCUACGAACUCUUCAACGGGGAGACGCCCAUCCUGGCCAACGGGGGCCGGCACAGGGGCACGUCGCCCCGCUUCCCUGAGCUGCCCCUGGACCCCACGCCCAGAGAGCCCCCCAACAGCUGCUCCGCACCCCCCCUGCACAGCCCCACUGGAGACCGCAGCCGCACUGUGUCCUCCUCCAGCACCGGGGACACGCCCAAAGCAGCGAAGGCCAGAGCAGCAGACCUGCUGGUGAACCCUCUGGACCCCCGAAACGCCCACACCCUGAGAGUGAAGAUCGCAGACCUGGGGAACGCCUGCUGGGUGCACAAACACUUCACAGAGGACAUCCAGACGCGGCAGUACCGGGCCAUCGAGGUUCUGAUCGGGGCCGGAUACAGCACCCCCGCCGACAUCUGGAGCACCGCCUGCAUGGCGUUUGAGCUGGCCACAGGGGACUACCUGUUUGAGCCCCACUCUGGGGAGGACUAUUCUCGGGAUGAAGACCACAUCGCUCUGAUCACCGAGCUGCUGGGGAAGGUGCCGCGAAAGCUGGCCGCCGUGGGGAAGUACAGCCGCGAGUUCUUCACCAAGAAAGGUGAGCUGAGGCACAUCACCAAGCUGAAGCCCUGGUCACUGUUCGACGUGCUGGUGGAGAAGUACGGCUGGCCCCCAGAGGAAGCGGGGCACUUCACCAACUUCCUCCAGCCCAUGCUGGAGAUGGUCCCGGAGAAGAGGGCCUCCGCGGGGGAGUGCCUCAACCACGCCUGGCUCACCUCAUAGCACCGCUGCCCCCCCCCCCCUGUGGUAGCCUCCGGAACUGCGACACGCCGCACAGACUGGAGAGAGCUGGAAAGGGGAAGGGAAGGAGGGCGGGGAGGAUGGGGGGAGGAGGGGGUGUGAUUUGCCCCUUUGGACUCACCCCCCAUGCACACACGGGGGUGAGUCACACACACAAGAACCGCCUUGUGAGGAGCCCUUUGACAAACGCGAGAGCCAAAAAAACAACCAGGCGGCCAAUACCUCCACCCGUCACUUUGCCGGUCUUAGGCGAGACUCUCUUAUCCGACCAAUUGGAGAGGAGCUCUUAAUUUCCUGUCUUCCCACUCUGCUCCGCCCCCCACCCCUGACAGACCACGCCCAACAGUCCCACCCCCUCUUACUAAGCCAGGGUACAUGAGUCCAUGAAGCCUGGAAGAGAUUGGACAAGGCAGCAUGCAUAUUAGCCUAUCAGAGUGGAGCAGCGUGAUAGGGGGACUGCGGACCCCAGGCAUUAACGGAGGGGGGGGGGGGGGUGGUUUUGUCAACAAGAAUGCUCCUCUCUGAUGGUGGAGGAAACACAGGAGUACAAUGACCAAGAGUGGAGACACUUCUGUGCGUGGACCUCCCGCCAGCAGGGGGAGCUCCAGGCAUAGAGGGCGCAUCGUGUGUGCAAUAGGCUUGGCUCUCCCGGACUGUUGGAAAUGGGGGAAACUGGACCGGUGUGUUUGAGUGUGUAUCUCUAACUGAGCUGCUGGCCAAAGGCAUGAUCGUAGCCCAGGUUCCUGUUCACAAAACUGACCCACCUCCUCACUGUUACCGCUUUUCUCCCCCCGGGAUGAACUGUAAACUUACCAGGACAGAAGAUUCUUUCACUUUUGUCCUUACAUGACAUUAACUUAACCUUUUUUUCCGUUUAAUAUCCAUCGGUUGUGCUGUCGGGUGAUGGGAAAUAACUGAAUCGAGUUUGUGUUCUUGAGGCUCGGCGGAAGGGAUGCAGAGGGCACCCUCUCUCUCUCUCUCUCUCUCUCUCUCUCUC